ACGCUUUGGAGAUGCCGCCCGGCAAAGUCCUGCAGCCCGUCCUCAAGAUGAAGGUGGACGAGCUGUUCCUGUGCUGGCUCAGCGAGUCCAGCACGCAGACGAUGCUCCAGGACUGUCUGCAGAGGAUCAAGAUGCCCGGGAGGACUGAGACGGACGGUGGGGACGCAGGGCAGCCCGGGCCCCCGCUAGCAGCCGCAGCCCCCGUCUGCAAGCCCGCGGUGUUCGAUAGCCUGGGGGCGCCCAGCCCGGCCCCCGCGUCCACCGCGCUCCCGCUGGGAGCCGCCGCUAGUCCCAGGACCGGGCCACCCGUGCGAGGGACUCGGAGAUCCGCAGGGACGCGAGUAGUUCAGACAAAGAAGGAGGAGCCCCUGCCGCCCGCCACCAGCCAAAGCAUUCCAACGUUCUACUUCCCUAGAGGCCGUCCAAAGGACAUGGUGAACAUAGACGCCGUCAUCACCAAGAUCGAGCAGACUUUCACACAGUUCCCGCACGAGAGAGCCAGGAUGGAGGACAUGGGCCGAGUGGCCAAGGCCUGUGGCUGCCCGCUCUACUGGAAGGGGCCGCUGUUCUGCAGUGCCGGGGGAGAGCGCACGGGCUCCGUCUCUGUCCACAAGUUCGUCGCCAUGUGGAGAAAGAUCCUCCAGAACUGUCACGAUGACGCUGCCAAGUUUGUCCACCUGCUCAUGAAUCCUGGCUGUAACUACCUGGUGCAAGAAGAUUUCAUCCCCUUCUUACAGGACGUGGUGAACACGCACCCGGGCUUAGCCUUCCUGAAGGAGGCGUCAGAGUUUCACUCUCGCUAUAUCACCACUGUCAUACAGAGGGUCUUCUACACCGUCAACAGGUCCUGGUCAGGGAGGAUCACGUGUGCAGAGCUCCGCAGGAGCACCUUCCUGCAGAAUGUGGCGCUCUUGGAAGAGGAAGCAGACAUCAAUCAGCUGACAGAGUACUUCUCGUAUGAGCACUUCUAUGUCAUUUACUGCAAGUUCUGGGAGCUGGACACGGACCACGACCUUCUCAUCGAUUCCCAGGACCUGGCCCGGCACAACGACCACGCUAUAUCCACCAAGAUGAUCGAGAGGAUAUUCUCAGGGGCGGUGACAAGGGGCAGAAAAGUCCAGAAGGAAGGAAAAAUAAGCUACGCUGACUUUGUCUGGUUUUUGAUCUCUGAAGAAGACAAAAAAACUCCAACCAGCAUCGAGUACUGGUUCCGCUGCAUGGACCUGGACGGGGACGGCGCGCUGUCCAUGUUUGAACUGGAGUACUUCUAUGAGGAGCAGUGCCGCAGGCUGGACAGCAUGGCCAUCGAGGCCCUGCCCUUCGAGGACUGCCUCUGCCAGAUGCUGGACCUGGUGAAGCCACAGAACGAAGGGAAAAUCACCCUCCAUGACCUGAAGAAGUGUAAACUCGCCAAUGUGUUCUUUGAUACCUUCUUCAACAUUGAGAAAUACCUCGACCAUGAGCAGAAGGAACAGGUCUCCCUGCUCAGGGAGAGUGAGAGCGAAGGCCCUGAGCUCUCCGACUGGGAGAAGUAUGCUGCCGAGGAGUACGACAUCCUGGUGGCUGAGGAGGCUGUGGGAGAGCCCUGGGAGGACGGGUACGAAGCCGAGCUCAGCCCUGUGGACCAGAAGCUGAGCUCCCUGAGGUCCCCACUAGCCCAGAGGCCCUUCUUUGAGGCGCCGUCCAGCCUGGGCACCGUCGAGCUGUACGAGUAUGCGUGUGAGGACGAGGACCUGCAGCCCUCGUGA